GUUUUCUAACUUUUUAAUUGAGAUAUUGGCACCGUGACAUAGUACAAAAAUUUGCCAAAGUGAUGCAUUUGUAGUAAGACUGCUGCUGCAUGAAAGAUUACUGAUAAGGCUAGUCAUGCUAUUGUGAAAGAGAGGACUUGCUAUACAAGACAAAAAAACAUUUCAGAAGAAUUGUACAAAUUAUAUCUAAAGGUUGCAUCACAUCAUUCUCCUAUAUCAUGGGAUUGGAUUGAUGGAAUGACUUCAGCCAAAUUUGAUCGGAUCCAUAAGGACGCAAGUUUUUGGCAUAUGUAAAAAUUUGAUCACCUGUUGCCACAGCAUUCGUCACCACAAGAGUUUAAUGAAUGACAUUCCGUUGUCAAUUUCAUGAAGAAAACUUUGGAUGAUGCAAUUCUGUCUGUAUAAACUGAGGGACUCAAUUUUGCAUCUAUAUCUAGAGCACUAUCUUUAAUAAAAUUUGUGAGUGGUGUUGAAGAAGCUGUACAAUGCCUACCUUUGUAUGCUGCAGAAGAACUAAGGUGGGAAACUAACUGGGCUCCUUUGAAAGCUCCUCUUCAGUGUCAUAACUUAACCUCUGCAGAUGGAGCUGCAUUACAAAAUCUAUGAGAGGACCCUCAUGUAGUGGUACUGGAAGCUGAUAAAGAUGGUUCCACUUGUUACUGUGACAUCAUCCAUUAAUAAGAUAUGCAGGAUGGACUCUCAUCAAACUGAAAAUACCCAGAAUUACAUCACCGUCAUACCUAUUGAGUAUCCGAGAAGCAGGGUGUACCCUCAAACACAGGAAUAUGUGGUCGAUCAGUACAGUGACUACUUGAGGGAUCGGAGUCGUGAUGAAUACGUACGUGGCGACUACAACAUAAACUCCGAACCGAAGUUCGACGAAGUGGGCCCACUGUACACGGUGUCCCAGAGGUUCGAGAGGGAGAAGCCGCCUCCGCCGGCGCUGGCCCACGUGGGCGCCGGCAGCUACCGGCAUGACGUCGAGCGUGAGUGGGAGCGGUCACUGCACCCGCACCCCCACCCCCACCUGCCCUCCUCUGCGGCAGACCGCCAGCAGGACUGCGGAACCGGCAAGUGCUCCGACGUCUCUGGAGAUGACCAGCUCAUGUCCCAGGUUUCACCACCGCGGUUCCUGAAUACGUGCAUAUACCUCAUGUCGAAAGUCGUCUUAAACAUGGAGAUAGAGGAUGGCCACAGUGCCACUGUCCAGGAGUUAGUGCAGUAUGUAAUGCAAGAAGAAGAACUGGCUCUGCCAAGAGUGGCUUCAAACAUAUUCACAUUGUGGAUGUGUUCGGGACUUCUCGAAAUACAGUUGAAGCUUUUUCAUAAGCCAUUUGAUGUUAGGAAGAGAUGGCAAUCACUAGUUUCGCAGUACACCAAUGCCACGGACUCACAGAUCGACAGGGAUGAACCGAUACUGUCAUUCCAGCGAAAUGUUUUCUUUUCGAAACGUGAUGAAGAAAAAAUUAAAGACCAAAAACUUCUGGAUCUCUUAUACGACGAAGCAAAGUAUAACAUCUUAGAAGGAAGAUAUCCCUGUGAGAUAUCCCAUUAUAUAAUGUUAGGUGGCAUACAAGCACGUAUUGAGUUGGGUCCAUAUGUGCCACAAGUACAUACUACACAGUUCUUCAGAGAACACCAGCGUAAAUUUUUACCCACACACGUGAGUCGUAGUAACUGGUCAUGGUUGCGAAUCAGUGGUAAAAAUUCACCAGAAGUCAGACUUCUGGAACAGUUCAAGCGCAUUCCUUCCAACACACCAGUCAGAAAACUGAUCAGAAAGUACCUCGAGUUUUGUUGGUCUCUUCCUUAUUAUGGAGGAGCAUUCUUCCGUGGUCAGGUGGAGCAACCGGUACGAGGCCUGACUUCAUUGAUCACUCAUCAAGAUGUGUCUGUACUGGUUGCCAUCAACACUCAAGGAGUGUACAUCAUAGAUGAUAUUCAGUGUACACUUUUGUUGGGUUUAAAAUAUGAGGAGAUGUCAUGGGAUUUUGCAAAACCUUCACAAGAGGACAAUCCAGACUGCCUUCCCUGCCUUUUUCUGCAGUUUAUGGUGUUAGAAAAUGGAACAAGGGUCUCAAAAAUUCUGCAGGUGUUUUCAAAGCAGGCUGUGAUGAUGGAUGCUUUAAUUUCAGUCUUCGUGGACGAAAUAAAACAGAAGACAACCACUUAUGCCGAUGAGCCCGAUCGCCCAGUUUAUGAUACGUCGACUGACAGUGACGAUACGCAGGUUCCAUUAACUACAGUGAAUCGGCGAGAACUUCCUCAGUCGUGUUUGAGCAACAAAUUGAGCAAGCUAACUCUUGCAACAUUUGACGAAGAUGGACGCUGUAUUGGUCAGAUGGGCUCUUGGUCAUUCAGUUAUUAGACUCCCAGUAUUUACAGGCACCCUUUUCUUCUCAAAUAUGUGGUGUAGCUGAAUAAUCAUCCUGUGUAAAAUUACACGGGAUCAUAUGUGCUACAGCUACUUCUGCUGGAUACCGGGCCAUACGGGAAUCCAGGCAGAAGAUCAAAUAACUGAGGAGGCUGCAGGGAAGAUGACAAGUCAAUCCUGGGGGUCCGGCUUUUCACUGCUGAGCUGAGGCAGAGAGCCACGCAGGAGUGACUGUGGCUGGCAGUGAGGGACAAUAAAUGAGAUGACCACCCUGCCAUGCUGUACCUCCUGUCAGUCACUCUGGAAGGAUGAAGUCAUUCUGACCCUUUCUCCAAAUAGGACAUCAUCUUCUUAGUCUGUGGCAUUUGUGGCUUAGGAAUCAGUGUACUCUUCAUUUUCACUGUGAUCACUUAUGUCGGAACCUGCCCUCUAUUCUGUACGAUGAUGAGACAAGUGUGAUAAAAUCCUUAAAAUCUCAUGUAGUGUGUACGUUUGAGGCUAAGCUUUUAUGAAGAAAGUUUGCAUUUUAUAUUCA